GACUCAGGACGACAGGCCGGUCCCUGGGAGCGGGUCGAGACUGCCCGGGGCCCCGUGCUGGAAGAGUGACGACGUCGGACCUCCAGGCCACGUUCGCGUUCCAGGAGGGCGUGGUGUCGAGGCUGCCUCCGGACAGCGUCCUCGGGCGCCGCUGUCCCUCUUGCCUAUGGGCCCCUCUUGUGCGUGGUCGGUGCAUGGGCUCGACGUGGUCACCGACAGGGACCACCGGUACCCGCUGGGGGUCUGCCUGAGCCUCGCCCGCGCGGACGAGCUCGGGGUGGGGGGCGGCACCACGGUGCUGCAGGUCGUCUCGGACGUCGACCUGCCGUGGGGCUUCCCCGGCCCGCCGGUGGAUAUCCACGCUUGGUCGCUGCAGUUUUCGGGAGUCGCCCUCAGGACCAGCAGCGUCCGGAUGAGAAGCACGCGAAGCUUGGUGGCGCUGGAAGGCGAGAGCGAGAUGGCCGCCGCCAUCGAGAGCGGGGCACUCCUCAAGUUCCUGCUCCUCGUGGAGAACCACUCUGGUAACGACGGCGUUGUGGAUGAGGACAUGGCCUCAUUGUCCGGCACAUCCGACUCUCCCGACAUCGAGUGA